CGCUUUUCUUACUCGUAAUUCGUCUCAGGCGCGUCUAUAAUUGAAGCUUGGUGCUCUGAGUGGUCAGCUUUUGCGUGUCUCCUUUCCCUCUCCCUUUUUGUCUCUAAAUGAGCUCCCGCGCCCCUGUGACCCUUUGAGGUUUGUCGAAAGGACCUGAGAAGCUCAUUGCUUUGUUUGAAGAUGGCAACUAGGCAGACACCAAUGCUUGGGAUUCUAUUACUGUUGUGCUGGGCAGUAACCAUACAAGCAAAGCAUACAAAAUACAAAGAUCCCAACCAGCCAGUGGAUGUUCGAGUCAGAGAUCUAAUGAAGCACAUGACUCUUGCUGAAAAGAUUGGUCAGAUGACACAAAUUGAGCGACAAAUUGCCUCAGCUCAAGUCUUGAAAGACUACUUCAUCGGUAGCAUUCUUAGUGGUGGGGGAAGUGUUCCUGCUCGUCACGCCUCUGCUAAGGUUUGGGUGAAUAUGAUAAAAAAACUUCAGAAGGCAUGUCUGUCAACACGCUUGGGAAUUCCUAUGAUUUAUGGGAUUGAUGCUAUUCAUGGUCACAAUACUGCCUACAAUGCAACUAUAUUUCCUCACAACAUUGGUCUUGGAGCCACAAGGGAUCCUGAUCUUGUAAAGAGGAUUGGUGCUGCAACCGCCCUUGAAGUCAGAGCAACAGGCAUUCCUUACACUUUUGCACCCUGUGUUGCAGUUUGUAGAGAUCCAAGGUGGGGCAGGUGCUACGAGAGCUAUAGCGAGGAUCACAAGGUUGUGCAGGCAAUGACACAAAUUAUCCUUGGCUUACAGGGAGAUGUCCCUGCGAACUACACAAAGGGCUUUCCUUAUGUUGCCGGAAAGAAAAAUAUAGCAGCUUGCGCCAAGCACUUUGUUGGUGACGGUGGAACACAAAAAGGAAUUAACUCGGACAAUACUAUCAUCAAUCUCCAUGGACUCCUCGGCAUCCAUAUGCCUCCUUACUAUGAUUCCAUUGCCAAGGGUGUGUCCUCGGUCAUGGUUUCUUAUUCAAGCUUGAAUGGAAUCAAAAUGCAUGCCAACCGUCAUCUAAUCACUGGCUUCCUCAAAAAGAAGCUUGGUUUUAAGGGAUUCGUGAUUUCAGACUAUCAAGGCAUUGAUUUUAUCACCACUCCACCUGAUGCAAAUUACACAUAUUCUGUCCAAACAUCAAUAAAUGCUGGAAUCGAUAUGGUGAUGGUUCCAUUUGACUAUCAUGGGUUCAUCAGUAAUCUGACUACUCUUGUUAAUGCCAAAGUCAUCCCCAUGAGCCGAAUUAAUGAUGCUGUAAGAAGGAUCUUGCGGGUAAAGUUUGUCAUGGGUCUCUUUGAGAACCCACUGCCUGAUAAAAGCCUAGUCGAUCAACUCGGGAAAAAGGAGCACAGGGAGUUGGCAAGGGAAGCCGUAAGGAGAUCACUUGUGCUGUUGAAAAAUGGAAAAUCUGGUAAGAAGCCGUUGUUGCCCCUGCCCAAGAAAGCCGACAAAAUCCUUGUCGCCGGAAGUCAUGCUGAUAACUUGGGCUUUCAAUGUGGUGGGUGGACAAUUGAGUGGCAAGGAGGCAGUGGAAGAAUCACUGCUGGUACCACAAUCCUGGAUGCCAUUAGAUCCACAGCGGACCCAGCAACCAGUAUCGUCUUCUCCGAGAACCCCGACGCUGACUUCGUCAAGAGCAACAACUUCUCCUAUGCCAUCGUCGUUGUCGGAGAACCACCCUACGCUGAAACAGCCGGAGACAGCCUCAACCUCACCAUCGCUGAGCCUGGACCAAGCACAAUCCGAGCGGUGUGCGGCCCCGUGAAGUGCGCAGUGGUCAUCAUCUCCGGCAGGCCUGUCGUGAUCGAGCCAUACGUGCCCUUGAUGGACGCGCUUGUGGCCGCAUGGCUGCCAGGCUCAGAAGGCCAAGGUGUCGCCGACGUCCUCUUCGGUGACUUCGGUUUCAGCGGAAAGCUUCCCCGCACUUGGUUCAAGUCCGUCGACCAGCUUCCCAUGAACGUUGGCGACCGGCACUAUGAUCCCCUGUUCCCAUUUGGAUUUGGCUUGACAACGAAACCAAGGCCAGCUGUGUAGAGUUCUACGAGUUGCAGGGAUGAACCUAGCAUCGAUGCAUUCUGGCAGCAUUGUUGA